AGGUGGAGUCACCUGCCCAAGGUCACUCAGCUGUAAGGAGCAGAGCAGGAACCCGCAUCCCCGGAUUAUCUGGCCCCUGAGCCACUCAACUCUACACUCGGUGCCCCUGCGCCCUCCAGGCUAAAACCAUCUGUUAUUGAGGAUAGACGAUGGGCCGGGGCCCAGAAGCCGUCCGUUUAUUAUUAUGUCGGAUCCUUCCAGCAAUUUAGCAAGGGCACGUUUUCCCCCCACUUUACAGACGGAGAAACUUAGAGCGGCUGCAGAAGAUGUCAACGUUACUUUUGAAGAUCAACAAAAGAUAAACAAAUUUGCACGGAAUACAAGUAGAAUCACAGAGCUGAAGGAAGAAAUAGAAGUAAAAAAGAAACAACUCCAGAAUUUAGAAGAUGCUUGUGAGGACAUCAUGCUUGCAGACGACGACUGCUUAAUGGUACCUUAUCAGAUUGGCGAUGUUUUCAUUAGCCAUUCUCAAGAAGAAACACAAGAAAUGUUAGAAGAAGCAAAGAAAAAUUUGCAAGAAGAAAUUGAUGCCUUAGAAUCCAGAGUGGAAUCAAUUCAGCGGGUGUUAGCAGAUUUGAAAGUUCAGUUAUAUGCAAAAUUUGGGAGCAACAUAAACCUUGAAGCUGAUGAAAGUUAAACAUUUUAUAAUACUUUUUUUAAUUUGUUUAAUAAACUUGAAUAUUGUUUAAAAUGAUAAUUUCCCUUCUUCAAAUGAUAUGGAAAGCAAAACUUUUUUUAAAAUUUUCAUUUAUUUAAUGGAAACUUGCCUAUUUUCACAUGUCUUGCUUAUUUAUUUUAUAUUUUUAAAAGAAGACAGUAUUCAUCUAUGUAUUUUGCAUAACAAUUAUAUCAAGUG